CCCAGCACCGGCAACCGGAGUCCCGGGUACGGGAUGCUGGAGGGGCCGCCGGGGGCCACCUGCCUGCCCGCCCAGCGAUGGGGCGGUGCGGGACGGCCGGGAGGCGGCGGCGAUGGGGCAGGGCCCGGGGCCGCUGAGGUGAAGCGGAGAGGGACGCGGGACGGGGCGGAGAGGUGGUCGGUGUUUCGCCGGUGUUGAGCCUGGGGUCAGGGCUAUCCCGGAGGAUCGCCGUGGGGCGAGAGAAUGAAGCAGCUGGUCGGGCAGCAGCAGGAUGGGGCGGCAGGACCUCCCGCGCACUGACGGGCCCCCGCCGAUGCUCCCGUGGCCGCUGGCCCUCCUGGCUCUGAGUGCAUGCUGUCGCUGGGGGGUGGCCAGCGGGGCGGGUGGCACCGUGCCCCAGCAGCAUGCUGCCCCCGCAACCCCUUCCUCCUCCUCAUCGUCCUCCUCUUCCGCUGGCCGAGCACCCCUCGACUGGCUCCUCACCGACCGGGGACCUUUCUACCGAGCCCAGGAGUACGUGGACUUCAUGGAGCGCUACCGGCAAGGUUUCACCACCAGGUACAGGAUCUACAGAGAGUUUGCUCGCUGGAAGGUGAACAAUUUGGCCUUGGAGAGGAAAGACUUCUUCAGCCUGCCACUUCCCCUGGCCCCCGAGUUCAUCCGCAACAUCCGUCUGCUGGGACGCCGGCCCAGCCCCCAGCAGAUCACUGACAGCAUCAUCAAGAAGUAUGGGACCCAUUUCUUGCUCGCCGCCACGCUGGGAGGAGAAGAGUCCCUGACCAUUUUUGUGGACAAGCGCAAAUUGAGCCGGAGGGCAGAGCCAGCAGCGGGGGCUGGGAACAGCUCAGGGGUCUCGCUGGAGACCCUGCACCAGCUGGCAGCCUCCUACUUCAUCGACCGGGAGAGCACACUGCGCCGGCUUCACCACAUCCAGAUCGCCACAGCUGCCAUCAAGGUGACUGAAACACGGACAGGGCCACUCGGCUGCAGCAACUACGACAACCUGGAUUCGGUGAGCUCCGUCCUGGUGCAAAGCCCCGAGAACAAAGUGCAGCUCCAAGGGCUGCAGACGGUGCUCCCAUCCUACCUCCGAGAGAGGUUCGUGGCGGCCGCCCUCAGCUACAUCGCCUGCAGCUCAGCCGGGGAGCUGGUGUGCCGUCGGAGCGACUGCCGCUGCCAGUGCCAGCCUGCCUUCCCCCGCUGCAACUGCCCCGAGGCCGACAUCCAGGCGCUGGAGAACAGCCUGGCCCAGCUCCGGCGAGCCUGGGAGAGCCACCACAGCCAGUUCGAAGAGUCAGAGGAGUUCCAGGCCCUGGUGAAGAGGCUCCCUGGGGAUCGUUUCCUGAACAGGACAGCCAUCUCCCACUUCUGGGCCAUGGACCUGGAUGUUCAGCAUCGCUACCAGCAGCUGGGCACCAGCCUGAAGCUGCUCUCCAGGAAAACCCACCGGCUCAUCCGGCGGCUCUUCAACCUCAGCAAGCGCUGCUACCGCCAGCCCCACUUCAAACUGCCGAAGGAGAGGUCCCUCCCUUACUGGUGGGGCCGUGCACAGUCACUCCUAUACUGCAGCGAGACCACCGUGCCUGGGAUCUUCCUGGAAGAAAGCCACAGCUGCACUUGUCCCUCUGACCAGCCCUCCUGCCAGGGGUCCAUUCCGUGUGCCUUGGGCGAGGGCCCAGCCUGCGCCAGCUGUGCCGAGGACAACAGCACCCGCUGCGGGACCUGCAACCACGGCUACGUGCUCACCCAGGGCUUCUGCCGCCCCGAGGUGGCCGACUCGCUGGAGCACUACCUGGGGCUGGAGACGGACCUGCAGGACUUGGAGCUCAAAUACCUCCUGCAGAAAUGGGACAGCCGCAUUGAGGUGCACUCCAUCUUCAUCAGCAACGACAUGCGCCUGGGGAGCUGGUUCGACCCCUCCUGGAGGAAGCGCAUGCUCUUGACCCUGAAGAGCAACAAGUACAAGCCCGGGUUGGUUCAUGUGAUGUUGGCCCUCUCUCUGCAGAUCUGCCUCACCAAGAACAGCACGCUGGAGCCCGUCAUGGCCAUCUACGUCAACCCCUUCGGGGGAAGCCACUCGGAGAGCUGGUUCAUGCCUGUCAACGAGGGCAGCUUUCCAGACUGGGAAAGGACUAAUGUAGACGCCUCUGCCCAGUGCCAAAACUGGACACUCACCUUGGGCAACAAGUGGAAGACCUUCUUUGAAACGGUUCACGUCUACUUGCGGAGCCGCAUCAAGUCUCUAGAUGACAGCUCCAAUGAGACAAUCUAUUACGAACCCUUGGAGAUGUCAGAUCCUUCCAAGAACCUGGGGUACAUGAAAAUCAACAGCUUGCAAGUCUUUGGCUACAGCUUACCCUUUGAACCGGAUGCUAUUCGUGACCUGAUCCUUCAGCUGGACUAUCCCUAUACCCAAGGCUCCCAGGACUCAGCCAUGCUUCAGCUGUUGGAGAUCAGGGACCGGGUGAACAGGUUGUCACCCCCUGGCAAAAUCCGCCUCGACCUCUUCACUUGCUUGCUCCGCCACAGGCUCAAGCUGGCCAACAAUGAGGUGGCAAGGAUCCAGUCCUCCCUGAGGGCCUUCAACGCCAAGCUGCCCAACGCAGUAGAGCAGGAGACAGGCAAGCUGUGCAGCUAACAGCUGGGGCUGCUCAGACAGCAGAGCAAGGGGGUUGGGAGAAAGGACUCUCUGGGAUGAGGAAGGGGAAAUAACCACCCUAAAAAGCUAAAUCAAGGCCUUACCUUAGUGCCAACCGCGUGCUUCCAUGGUACACCCAGCGACUGGCCAAAGAGAUGUAGGGCUCAAGCAGAUGGAGGCCACCAGCAGGAUUGUGGAGGAGGGAUGGUUCAUACAGUGCAUACUGGCUCCAAGCACAGGGAUGAUGCCACCACGGCCACGUUGUUAGUGGCUGGGGGGACACGCCGAUGGCCAAGGGGAAUGUGGCUCAGCCAGAGGCAACUGCUGGUCCUACUGGAGCAGAUGCCCAACCAACCACAAGGUUCCUCCAGCAGCAGCUUCCUUGGUACGCCGACUUUUGUAGUCUUUUUAAGCGAGGUUUCUACCAAUGCCUUCGCUCUCACAUCCUCCAUGAUCCCUCCUGCUGUGCCCUCCCACGUGGCACAGGAAGGGUGGAUCACACCACAUGCUCCUAAGACCUGGCAGAUCUUCCCUGAGGCCUCUCCACAAGCAUCUUACACCUGCUGCGGUACCAGGGCAUCAUCACCCUCUGUGUGGGAAGGACCUGGUGUCUGCCCCUUGGACACUGCCAGCACGGACACUGGCAGACACCUCUGGGCUGCAAUUCUUACAGGAAAAACAAAAAUCUAAAACAAAAGAAAGA